UGCCCCGCGCUCCUCUUUCUGACGCCAGGAGGAGAGCCUGAGAGAGCGAGCCCUCAGAAGCCAAGUGCGGCGCUGGCAGGAGCAGGAGCUCAGCCGGGGAAGGGAGGCAGGAGGAGGAGGAGGAGGCGCCGCCGCCAGGGAUGGACUCGCGGGUCUCGGAACUCUUCGGCGGCUGCUGCCGGCCAGGAGGAGGCGGAGGCGGAAGCGGCGGGGGGGCUCUGCGAGGCCGCUCCGGAGCCGGCUCCAGCAGCGGGGGCUCCUCUUCCAAGGGCAGGAAGAAGAACGGGAGGCACCGCGGGGGGAAGGCCAACAACCCGCCCUACCUGCCGCCUGAGGCAGAAGAUGGCAACAUAGAAUAUAAGCUGAAACUAGUCAAUCCUUCUCAGUACCGCUUUGAACAUCUAGUAACGCAGAUGAAGUGGCGACUACAAGAAGGCCGUGGGGAAGCAGUCUACCAGAUUGGCGUUGAGGACAAUGGGCUGCUUGUAGGAUUGUCGGAAGAAGAGAUGCGUGCCUCGCUCAAAACACUCCGGCGAAUGGCUGAGAAAGUAGGAGCUGAUAUCACUGUUCUACGGGAAAGAGAAGUUGAUUAUGACAGUGAUAUUCCCAGGAAGAUAACAGAGGUUCUAGUCCGAAAAGUCCCAGAUAACCAGCAGUUCCUAGACCUACGAGUGGCUGUGCUUGGGAAUGUGGAUUCAGGCAAAUCAACUCUGUUAGGUGUCUUGACACAAGGAGAACUUGAUAAUGGGCGGGGUAGAGCUCGACUCAACCUUUUCCGGCAUCUGCACGAAAUCCAGUCUGGGAGGACAUCCAGCAUCAGCUUUGAAAUUCUUGGCUUCAACAGCAAGGGAGAGGUAGUAAAUUACAGUGACUCACGGACAGCUGAGGAGAUCUGUGAGAGCUCCUCCAAGAUGAUCACUUUCAUUGAUUUGGCCGGCCAUCAUAAGUACCUGAAAACCACUAUCUUUGGCCUCACAAGCUACUGCCCAGACUUUGCAAUGCUGGUGGUGAGCGCAAACACUGGGAUUGCAGGCACAACUCGAGAGCAUCUAGGCUUGGCUAUGGCCCUCAAAGUCCCUUUCUUCAUUGUCAUUAGCAAAGUGGACUUGUGCUCAAAAGCCACAGUGGAGCGGACAGUGAAGCAGCUGGAGCGGAUCCUGAAACAGCCCGGCUGCAACAAGCUCCCUUUGCUGGUAACAUCAGAUGACGACGCAGUCACAGCAGCACAGCAGUUUGCCCAGUCUCCUAACAUCACUCCUAUCUUCACCUUGUCUAGUGUUUCUGGAGAAAAUUUGGAGCUUCUGAAAGUUUUCCUCAACAUCCUUCCUCCUCUGACAAACAGCAAAGAACAGGAAGAGCUAAUGCAACAGCUUACUGAGUUCCAGGUGGAUGAGAUCUACACUGUGCCUGAGGUGGGCACUGUUGUUGGCGGAACCCUAUCAAGUGGAAUAUGUAAAGAAGGAGAAAACCUGGUGGUUGGUCCAACCGAUGAUGGCAAAUUUCUACAGCUGAGAGUAUGCAGCAUCCAAAGGAACCGUUCGGCGUGCCGUGUGCUUCGUGCUGGGCAGGCUGCCACUCUGGCUCUCGGACACUUUGACCGCUCGCUACUGCGCAAAGGCAUGGUGAUGGUCAGCCCAGAAAUGAACCCUACCAUUUGCUCAGCGUUUGAAGCUGAAAUUGUUCUGCUCUUCCAUGCCACAACUUUUCGGAAGGGAUUCCAAGUAACAGUGCAUGUUGGCAAUGUGCGGCAAACAGCAGUUGUUGAGAAGAUCCAUGGAAAGGAUAAGCUGCGGACAGGAGAAAAGGCUGUGGUUUGCUUCAGAUUCAUUAAACACCCUGAGUAUCUGAAGAUAGGAGCAAAACUUCUUUUCCGGGAAGGUGUUACCAAAGGUAUUGGACAUGUUACUUACAUUCAAGCUAUCACCAUUGGUGAAAACGGCUUGGAGCAGGGCCUGGAUGCCGAGCUGGUCAGUUUUUGACUCUUGCCACAUCUGUGGAGUUUCCCCAAUGUAAGCAAUAGGAGAAGGGAAGGAACCUCUCCCUAGUGGGCAGAGUUGCUGCUGGCCAGUCGAGGUACAUGGGCAGAUCUCCUCUUUCGCAUGGCAGAAGCCAGAACCACCUUUUGGAUUAUUAAGUGGUCUUCCCGGAACAAGUUAAGCAUGUUGUUUGUCCACCACCUGCUGCUUCCAUAUCCCUGCCUUUCCUGGAAUAGACAAGAGAGCAGCUAGCUGCAUCUUUGCCUUGGCUGGCAAUUCCUGCUUUCGUUGAGAAAUUAUUCCUGGGUAGAGGGCGAAGCCCUUUGUGUUCUGCGCUGCAGCCUGGGGUUUCUGCCACCUGGGAGACAGCAGCAGCAGCGGACCCAUUUCUUCCCACCGGGCCCAGUUCCUUUUAGUGUCCUGCUGCCUAGUUUUGUGACUAAGAGUGACAGCUGAAUGUUUUUCAUUCCCUGCAGUACAGCUCAGGAAGUUUCUUUAAAUUCAUCUUUAAGUUAUUUUCAUUUAAUCUAUUGAUUGUGUUCCUUUUAUCAGCUAAAGAAAGACUCAUUUUUAAAGGGAGUUGGGAAGGAACAUUUCAGAAACACCAGUCUAAUAGCAACUACAGCUCUUAGCUCAUGAAUGUAAUAUUGCCAUGUUUCCACAGGGCCCUCUGAAAGUCAUUUCUCCUUUAUUAGGAGCAUUGAUCAGGAGCCAUCUAUACUUGCAGCCCUCAAACAAAUCUCCCUGUUUUUAUUGGCUGCUUAUUGGGAAGCUACUUACAAUCUUGAGACGUCUGUUCAGUCCGAUUUAGCCAGUGAGUGCACUGGGAUUCCAGUCCAACCUGUUUCUUGGGGAAACACGCUUUAAUCUCCUAUAAUUAAACCAUCAAGGGUUAUUCAGUCAUCACAGGAAGUUUUGCAGUGUUGUCACAAUUUUGACUCUUGUGCAGCAUGGCCAACUGCAGCAAUUCAACAACACUACUAUUGUCUGUGUCCCAGAAAACCAUAUUUAUAUCUAUGAUCUUAUUUACAACUGCUUGAUGUUACUUGUUUGCUAAAUUAGCAAUGGAGUAAGGCAACCUUAAAGCACUUAAAGAUUUCAUUUAUAAUUUUGUUUCAGGGCAUUUCAUUUUAAAAGCUGACAACAGUAUUAUUUUACUUCAAUAUAUCUUAAUCACUGAUGCAGUGGGAGGGAGUGUCCAAAUAAGAGUCAGCAUGGCCAGUAAAGAAAAAAAUAAUGCUGACUUUUCAUUAAAUCAAGACCCCUCCUCUGUUUCAUUUGUCCUACAAGUGCUGAAUUAUUAAAUGUUAUACUACCAUUCAAAGCUGUUUUGCUACAUAGAAAUCUUCUAGGUUUUUGAUGCUUUUUCAACAGAACCAAUGAUAAUUCACUUCAUUCAUAAUUUUUCAAUAGUACAAUGAGCACUUGUUAUAAAGGAGUUUUAAAUUCCACCUACCAGUAUUUAUCAUGGUUCUUUUGUAACAAAAGUUUCUUUCUCUACUUCCCUUUUAAUCAUUUGGAUCACCACUUUUUAUGAAAAUAUACUCUAUACCGUAUUUACCUUCCACUAUGGUCUAAGCAGGUUUGUUCUCAAAAGAGGAAACUGCUUUCCCUGCAUUUUACAGAGGUGGCGGGGUUAACUCCAUUGUAAACAUAAACAUACAAGGUGCUGUCAGUCCUGACAUUUGGUUGUUUCCUUCCCUUGCCUUCUCUUGUGUGUUUUUAGUGCCAUGCUUUUCAUAUCCAUUGUUUGUGAACUCUUUAAAGCAGGGAGAUACCUUCAUCUCUCUUUAUAUAUAAUGUACAAAAUAAAGAUGUUUUAUUGAAAGAAUAAA